AUGGGACUCACGUUCGGCUCAACAAGAGUCUUCAACUGGUACAUCUCCCUUGUCGCGGCCGCAUGCAUGGUUCUGUAUGGCUACGAUGCCUCCGUCUACAACUCCGUCCAGGGCUCCAAGAACUGGGUCGCCUACUUCGGCGACCCGGAUCCUAACAUGAUCGGCGCCAUCAACACGGCCUACACGGUCGGCGCCAUCUUCGGAGGCUUCUUCCUGGGCGGUCCCGUUGCCGACUACCUGGGUCGGAAAGUCGGGAUGGCUUCUGGAUGUAUUUUGGUAAUUGCUGCGACCUUUAUGCAGACCUUCUCUCCACGCCACAACAUAGCGUGCUUCCUGGCGGGACGCUGCAUCAUUGGUAUCGGCCAGGGGGUUGCCUUGACCGCCGGUCCCAUCUACAUUGGUGAAUUAGCCCCUCCCGAGAUCCGCGGAAAGAUCAUGACGUUCUGGCAAACCUUUUACUCGGUCGGAUCCUUCAUCUGCUUCUGGGUCAACUAUGGUUGCACGCAGCACAAGGAGAAACUCGGUGAAUGGGACUGGAAGAUGGUCGUCAUGUUUCAACUGCUCGUGCCGGCUCUGAUUCUUUGCCUUCUGCCGACAAUCCCUGGGUCGCCGCGAUGGUUCAUUCAACGGGGCAACAACAUCGAAAAGGCGCGGGCUGCCCUCCUGAAGGUCCGCGAGACGCCGGAGGAAGUCGACGAAGAGCUCCUAAGGAUCAGAGAAGCGAUCGAGUACGAAAAGGAGGCCAUCUCGGGCAGCUACUCGGCGCUCUGGAAGGACAAGUCUCUCCGGAAACGACUUCUGCUCUGUUCCAUCCUCAACGCCGGGCAACAGCUGACGGGCCAGGGAUCGCUGAACACGUACUCCACGAAGAUAUACCAGAAGGUGUUCACCAGCUCGGGCCAGAUCGCUCUCAUCAACGCCCUCAACGCCACGUUCGGAAUUAUCUUCACUCUCAACGCCAUCUGGAUCAUCGAUCGUUUCGGGCGGAAGAUCCUUCUCAUGGCCGGAGGUUUGGGCAUGGCCAUCUGCAUGGUAAUUGCGGCCGCCGUCGAGACCGAGACACCAUCGCCGGGCGGGGGAAAGUCAGUUUCUGUGGGCAUCUCGAUUGUGUUCCUACUCUUCCUGUUCAUCUUCUUCUACAAACCGUCAUGGGGCGCCACCGUUUGGAUCUUCACCAGCGAGAUCUGGAGCAUGAACAUCAGAGGACAGGCCGUGGGAAUGUGCUCGCAGGUGCAGAACGUGGCCAAUGCCAUCUUCCAGCAGUUCUUCCCCAUCUUUCUCAACAACUGUGGCUUCUACGCCUUCUACAUGUUCGCGGGCGUGAAUCUCUUGCUCGCCGCCUUCGUGUAUCUCUGCAUCCCCGAGACCAAGCAGGUUCCGCUGGAGGAGAUCGACGCGUUGUUUGGCGGCGCCAACCACGCGACGCGCGGAGAAGAGAUGAUGCUGGAGGGCAAGGGCGCACAGGCGACCGGGGUCGAGAACGCCCAGGGAGAGACCGCGCAGAGGGUGCACAGCCGUUGA